AUGGUGUUGAUUUUCAGAACCUUAGUCAAUCAUCUAAAGGGAGGCUACACGAUGAACCAAAUCGCCUGUGCAAGAUCCGCCAGUUCCAUCGCAUCUAGGUCCAUCAACUAUAUCUGUCCACUUUACGCAGCUCUUCCUAUAAUAUUCGCCGGCGCCACCGCCACCUCCAGGUCAGCCACCACCGUCCGCCAGUUCAGCAGUCGAGUGCGUCCUGUCAACAGACUUCAAUCUCCCGCAGCUCCUCAGACGCCUCUAUCCUCCGCCGUUGGCAUCUUCCGCCACUACAGCAGCUCUCGCGGUCAUCCUUUCGACAGUGUUGUACAAACUCGCCCAGCAUCGCUUGAUGCUACAUCCGAUCCACCAACUCUUUUCGAUGGAACCACGAGAUUCCGGUGUAGUCAAGGAUAUCAUUCGUUAUACAGGAGAAGCGGAGGAGGUGCCGUUGAUGUGACCUUGCAAGAUGGUAGGACGUUCGAAGGUGUGGUGGUGAACGCUGAUUUGCAAUCAGACAUUGCAUUAGUGAAGAUAAAGUCCAAGACUCCAUUGCCAACUGCUAAGCUUGGUUUCUCGAGUAAGCCGGUCGAGACCAUCAAAGAGGCAUGUAUCAUCAUUUUCAUUCAAGCAAGCUUCCAGGAUUCUCACGGAGGUCAUAGCAACACAGGUUGGAGCUGUGGGCUCAAGGUCUCUAAAGAAAAAAGAUGUUGUUUCUACGAUUUCAUGUGUGAGUUAACUAGAGAGUUCUUGAUUUGAUUAGUCUCUCGCUUUAUCGAUAAACCUAGAACAUCUGAAUUAUGCCUCAAAUGAUGUCUUUUGUUGAAUUACUGCACACACAGAGUCUGAUAAAAUAUGUUAUUUUGUAUAUACUUCUUCGUGAGUAAUGAAAUCGAAUGUUAUUGGAUUUGCCGAGUCUCUCCUUUAACCGAAU